AUGCGUGUUCUCUUCUCCCCUGAGCCCCAUGGCACCUGCACUGCCAUGAGCCUUCCCCUUCAGGUGCUCAAUCAGGGUGGGAAACGAGGCCUGAGGAGCCUGAAUUUAAACAAACUGGGAAUUCAAACUGAUGACAAAGGUCAUAUCCUAGUCGAUGAAUUCCAGAAUACUAACGUAAAAGGCAUCUAUGCGGUCGGGGAUGUGUGUGGAAGAGCUCUUCUCACUCCAGUUGCAAUAGCUGCUGGUCGAAAACUCACCCAUAGGCUUUUUAAAUACAAGGAAGAUUCCAAGUUAGACUAUGACAACAUCCCCACGGUGGUCUUCAGCCACCCCCCUAUAGGGACUGUGGGACUCACGGAAGAUGAGGCCAUUUAUAAAUAUGGAAAGGAAAAUGUGAAGAUCUAUUCAACCACCUUUACCCCAAUGUAUCAUGCAGUUACCAAAAGGAAAACAAAAUGUGUGAUGAAAAUGGUCUGUGUUGACAAAGAGGAAAAGGUGGUUGGGAUCCAUAUGCAAGGAAUAGCGUGUGACAAAAUGCUGCAGGGUUUUGCCAUUGCAGUAAAAACGGGAGCAACAAAAGCCGACUUCGAUAACACGGUUGCCAUUCACCCUACGUCAUCAGAAGAACUGGUCACCCUUCGCUGAGAACCCAGGAACUUGUGUGUUUGGCAGCUAGACCGUUAGACAUCUUGAAAUGAACCAAAGAAUCACAUUUA